GCUCGUCGGUGUUUGUUGUGUGACUACUUAAUGGUCCAAACCGAGUGGAGAGGCUGCAUUUUUCCAGUGGAAGAAAAUAAAUCUAUCAUUUUUUCUACCAUGGCAACACGUGUGCUGGUAAUGUUGAUGCUGUCACCUGUGUGUGUGAUCGGACAUACGAAUGCGUGUCCUCAUGGCUGUGAGUGUUCCCAGUGGAAAGCCUUCGCUGUCUCAUGCAUGGCCAUAGAUGUUAUUCCAACGCUUCCCUCAAUGACAGAAAUAUUAAGUCUCUACGAGACAAGCCUGGCGUCAGUUCCCCAAGAUGCUUUUGCAAAUAUGGUCAAUAUCUCAAGAAUCUAUCUGUCUGUGGAUGUCUCCUUGAGCAGAUUAGAAAGGCAUUCCUUCUACAACCUGAGAAAGCUUACUCAUAUAGAAAUAAGGAACACAAGGAAUCUGACAUUCAUCCAUCCAGAGGCUUUAAAGAAUCUCCCUAAUUUGCAGUAUUUAGGCUUAUUCAACACAGGCCUCACCAUCUUCCCUGCCCUGACCAAUAUCCAGGCUGAUGACUCAUACUUCCUACUAGAAAUCAGUGAUAAUCCCUAUAUUGCUGAAAUUCCAACUAAUGCUUUUCUUGGCAUUACCAAUGAUCUGCUGUCAGUGAGGCUCUACAGCAAUGGCAUUACAAAGGUCAAACAUCAUGCUUUCAAUGGCACAAAGCUGGACUCAGUGUACCUGCAUAGAAAUAAGCAGCUGACAAGGCUAGAUGAGAGAAUGUUUGCUGGGACUAGCAGUGGGCCAAUGCUCCUUGAUGUUUCAGAAUCGGCUGUCACUUCCCUCCCAACCAGAGGCUUGGAGUCACUUCGGGAACUCUGUGCUCGGAAUGCCUGGGCCCUCAAAAAACUACCACCGAUCAAAACCUUCAGACACCUAAUUACUGCAGACCUGACCUACCCCAGCCACUGCUGUGCAUUCAAGAACUUGAAGAAAAAAAGGGGGUACUUAGAGGACAUCAUUUGUAACCUGACUGCCAGGUAUAAUCAACAUCAAAAGAGAUCUGUUGGAACUUUUACAUUUCCUGGCCUGCACAGCAGCAUGGAACCUGGCAUUGACUCGGGAGAUAACCUCUUCAGAGACACAUACGACCACCAGGACUUUUACAGCAGCCUGCAUUACCACACCUACUUUGGCGGACACCCAGAUGAUGAUGUGGGCUUUGGUGAAACACUGAAGAACCCCCAGGAAGACACCAGCCAUGAGUUUGACAGUCGCUAUGACUACAUUGUGUGUGAGGAGGGAGAGGAGGUUGCUUGUUUCCCUGCUUCUGAUGAGUUCAACCCUUGUGAGGACAUAAUGGGUUUCAGCUUUCUAAGAGUGUCUGUGUGGUUUGUCAGUUUGCUUGCUGUGUUGGGCAACCUGUUUGUACUGUUGGUGCUGCUCACUAGCCACUACAAACUGUCUGUCUCAAGGUUUUUAAUGUGCCACCUGGCCUUUGCUGACCUUUGCAUGGGCAUUUAUCUGCUGCUCAUUGCUUCCGUGGACCUCCACACACGAUCUGAAUACUAUAAUCAUGCUAUUGAUUGGCAGACAGGUCCGGGAUGCAACCUAGCUGGGUUCUUCUCCGUCUUUGCCAGUGAACUAUCGGUCUACACACUGACCACUAUUACCCUGGAACGCUGGUAUGCCAUCACCUACGCCAUGCGGCUGGACCGUAAGUUGCGUCUGUCCCAUGCCUCAGUUAUCAUGCUGGUUGGCUGGAUCUUUUGCCUCCUAUUGGCUCUUAUGCCUCUCAUUGGGGUCAGCAGCUACCAGAAGGUCAGCAUUUGUCUGCCCAUGGACACCCAGACACUUGUGGACCAGAUCUACAUCCUAUGUGUACUUGUUCUUAACAUCCUGGCUUUUGUAGUAAUUUGUGGGUGUUACAUCAAGAUCUAUUGUGCUGUUCACAACCCCAGUCAUCAGUCUGCCAACAAAGACACCAACAUUGCCAAGCGUAUGGCUGUACUCAUCUUUACCGACUUCCUCUGCAUGGCACCCAUUUCGUUGUAUGCCAUGACAGCUGCGUUGGACCACCCACUCAUCACUGUCUCAAACUCCAAGAUCCUCUUGGUGCUCUUUUACCCUCUGAAUUCCUGUGCUAACCCAUUCCUCUAUGCCAUCUUCACCAAGGCCUUCCAGGGAGAUGUCUUUAUACUGCUCAGUAAAGUGGGUCUCUGUCAGCGUCGGGCUCAGUUGUUCCGAGGUCAGACAGUGUCUUCGAAGGCAAGCAGCAGAGGGAUCACAAGACGUGAGAGGGAGCAAACUGGAGCAAAGGAGACCCCUAUUUCCCUUCUAGAAAAUCCAGGCAACCUGCCAGCCACCCAACUGCAGGAGGUCAGUGACAGGAAGGACACUUGAAGCCUAUAUGUGAGUCCAGGGAACAACAACUGGAAUGUAGGUGUCCGACAGAUUAACUAAAAUGCAGCACAGAAAAGACUGAAAAUUUAUGAAUUACUUGAAAGGUCUGCAUUGUAAGAAAUGAAUGAAUUUUAGGCUGUGUAUUUAAUAUAGUAUAUUGAAGUGGUGAAAGUCAGUUCAAUAAUAAAACGCUGUGUAAAUUGUCCUUAAAUUUAUUUUCUAAAUAGUUGCAUUUAAUGCAAUACACUCAUUUAAACUUAUUUAAGAAUAGUUUUAGAAAUGAUUUAGACAGACAUUUGCUCUGUCUGUUUUUUUAAGGCCCAUUGUGUAUGGCAGUGCUUCCUGCCACCCCCACCCCCAAAAACACUGCACAUUUUGUAUGUCUCAUUGGGGGUGCAGGACCAGGGUUAAGAACCAUUGGUUUGUGGAAUCUAGAGCCUGUUUAACACCACACACAAAAGCAAUGCAUAGUUAUUCCAGUACCCAUAUUAAAGGGUGUGAGCUAACCCAAAAAUUACAAUUAUUUAAUUAAUCACUCACCAUCAUGUCGUUCCAAACCUGUAAGACUUUCGUUCAUCUUCAGAACUUAAUCUUUUUGAUUAAAUCUGAGAGCUUUCUGUCCCUCCAUAGACAGCUAUGCAACUUUCUUCAAGUUCAUAAAGAGAUCAUAAAACUAAUCCAUAUGAAUUGAACAAAAGUCUUACGAAAAGGGUUUGGAACAACAUGAGGGUGAGCAUUUAAUGACAGAUUUUUCAUUUUUGGGUGAACUACCCGUUUAACAGCUAGUACAUCAUUUACACUGUGUGUAUAAGCAGCACAGUCAUAUAAGCAUAGAUGAAAGUACAGUUUUGUCAUUGAGCCUAUUUUUGCCACACAAUUGUUUGUAACAUGGAGCAAAUUACUUGUGCAUGCAAUGUUUGGGGGAAAAAGUUUUCUUUCUGCUUUGGCGCAAGUUCCACAUACAGUGAAAGACGCACACAAAAAAAUCGCAAUUGGCCGUUUUCACAGACAAGGCUCAAGCCUAGUCUCAGACUAAAAUGCAUGUUUGAGCUGUCUUAACUUAAAGCAACUUGUACUGACAUAUCUUAAAAGUAAUAUGCACACCAGUAAUGUACAUACCUGUAAUGUUUUUGUUUUUUUUCUUAGGCACAUUUAUAAUUGUCCUAAUUUAACUAUGGCCUGACUUAAUCUAAAACCUGUCAAACCAGGCCUAUUUUUUUCUUUUUACUCUAAAUCUGAAAUCUUGACUGAAUAUUUGUUGUUCCAUUCUGAGUAGAUAAAUUGUCAUUUGAAUCUAUUGCUAUACCCCACCCCCCAUCAUGGAAAUUUGAUUUCACAAUCAAGUUUUUAACAAUUUAAAAUGACCCAACAACAGCAAUAGCCAUUUUAUAAUAGCUAAAACAAAGAAACUACUGUAUUUUCUGUAUAGCACCUUCUACUGCUGUUACACUGCUGCUUAUGCACAGUGUGUGUGUGUGUGUGUGUGUGUGUGUGUGUGUGUGUGUGUGUGUGUGUGUGUGUGU